AUGUUGGGUAACACGAUUAAAUACUACAAGGUCUCACGGGUGCUGCUGCAACCGGGCUACCAGAGAGAGACUGGAAGUGGGCCAGCCGUGGCGGUGGCGUUGCUGGAGAGGCCGCUGGAGCUGAGCGGCGCCGUACACUCCGUCUGCAUCGACGAGUCUGCCGGAUCCCCUCUGAAGGAUGGCCAGACCGGUCUGGUUGCAACACUCGGCUUGCCACGAUAUUCCGAGCUCAAGAUUCUAAACAUGAAUGUUCUAAAGAAGAAUGAAUGUUUAGCUGAACUGUCUGUCAGUUCUUGCUGGACAAUGGCCUCUGACAACUUUUGUGCCAUCGAUCGCAAAGUUUCAGAAGGCCUUUGUUCCGGAAACGUGGGAGCGGGACUGGCAGUCCGCGGCCCUGGGGGUGCCUGGCUACUGAAGGGCGUCGCCAGCUCUCGCCAGUUGUGCGGCCCGAACCACCACUGCUCCAAGGCGACGGUAUUCUUCAUGGAUGUUGACGACAGUCGCGACUGGCUCAGGAAGACAGUGCAAGCAAGCACUUCGUACCACGUUGCGUAAAUCUGGUACUCUCGUAGAUAUGCCAUAGCUCAAUAUUUUAUU